UAUGUAGGCAUGGAGAGACGCAAAGUGACUCGGCUUCUCCCGUUUCUAAUGUGAUGACAGCUGAUUGUACCGAGACAGAGCCGGGACCACCGUGUCACUUUCCACUGUCAACAUGUUUUCUUGACCUUCACGCGCAAAACAAAGCAUUCAUUUCCGGGAAUAAUGACUUCAAAGCUGUGGGAAGUGUAGCCGCUUAAAAAAAGUUGAGUCGUGGAGAAAAAGCAACUCCGCCACCACAUCCCCAGACUGAAGAAGUUGGAUAUCUUUUUCUGACUGGAUCGAUCCCCACAUUUUCCACUGGACGUUCAGGCACUUUAUAGGUUAUGAGUAAUGGAAGCCGGAUCGGUGGUGCGUGCCGUGUUUGAGUUUCUCCCCAGCGUCUCCGAGGAGCUGCCGCUCUUCACCGGUGAUGUCAUCGAGGUGCUCAGUGUCGUAGAUGAGUUCUGGUUGCUUGGUAACAAAGAUGGCGUCACAGGUCAGUUUCCCAGCACCUUUGUGGAAGAGAUUACCAUCCCCAGCAGCAAGCCUGGAGACAGACUCUAUGUGUGCAUCAAUGACUUCAGCUCAGCAGAGCAGGGAAACCUGUCCCUGAAAAGAGGUGAUGUGGUUGUUGGAGAGGCGGGAGGGUCCAUGAACCUCGGAGAUACCUGGCAGCGUGGUUGUAAUGCCUGGGGCCUCCGUGGUCUUUUCCCCACAUCAUGUGUGAAGGAGCUGACCCUCUCUGGCCGCUCCAGGCAGCUGUCUGAGCGCUCAGCUCAGGCCCAGGCUUCAGAGCUCCCACCUUAUGCCCUGGGCCAGGCCCGGGCACUCAUGAGCCUCCAUGCGCAGCUCAAUGAGGAGCUGGACUUCCGCGAGGGGGACUUGAUCAUCAUCACCGGCCUGCCUGAGCCGGGCUGGUUCCAGGGGGAGCUUAAUGGCCGCAGGGGCAUCUUUCCAGAGGGGUUUGUGGAGCUCGAGGGAUCCCUCCGAUCUCCUCAGCAGCCCGAGGACUGCCAGUAUUUGAACAAUCAUUCUGAACAAUUUAGCUACGAGGACCCUUACGAUGCAGGAGAGGGGACAGAGGAGGAAGGUGUAGAAGAAGGAGAGGUGUUUAUGAGAGAGGAAGAGGAGCAGAAGGAGGCUGUAGUAGAAGAGGAGGAGGGUGGUGUCUAUGUAGUGGCACUGUAUGAGUUUCGGGCCAUAGACCAAGGCGAGUUGGACUUUGAUAUGGGGGAUCGUAUACGUCUUAUAAGCACUUUGGAAGAUGGUUGGCUGAUGGGGGAGCUGCGAGGACGACAUGGUAUUUUUCCUCAUCGUUUUGUCAAAAUAGAGGACGACGGGCAGAAUACGGCAGAGGAAACAAAUGUUGUUGAACCGUCUGAGUCGGAGAAUGAUCCUCAAUGGACGACAUAUGAGGAUCAUACAGUGUGGGACCUGGACUACUUUGAGAGGACUGAAGAGCAGAGGUGGCAAAGUGAAAACAAAAGCACCAGAGCUCAAACUAACAACAGAGGAGGGAGAGAUGGGGGUAGCAGGCCUGACUCUCAGCCACGUAGACCUGUCGCCCCAGCACAGCGAGGGCCCGAGAGACCAAAAUCCAUUCCCCCAGCUAGGCCCAGACUCCCGUCUCGGCCUAGCCUGCCUGCACGUAGCCACAGGCAUCAUAGCCCAUCUUCUGGCUCAAAUCGGUCUAGCUAUACUAAUGGUAACACUCGAUCCUUACAGCCCAAACUAACUCAUAGCCUAACCCUCCCGAGCACUCAUUCUGGUUGGUCUAAAAACGGCAGAUACAACCAGAGGCAACCAAAAGAUGGCGCCACCACCAGUAACAAAAGUGGUGGUCUUGGCCAGGCGUUAUUUAACCUGGCUGAGAGCCAUAGGCAGAAGAAGCUAACUCGCCACGCUAGUGUCAGUGAUGCUGAUAUGAUGAUGGGUAACGCUGAGACACGGCCAACUUCCCAGCAGCGUGGCUCCAAUGGUGUAAUGCCAACAUCCAUUACCUUAGAUGCCCUGGUAACCUCAGCCGGUGACUUGGAGACCAAGUUAUCCCAGCAGCUUUUUGAAUUCGAGAAAAGCUUGACUUCCUCUUAUAGCGAUACGAACGUGAGCUCUGGUGCUCCCAUUGACGCGUCUUCUGUAGGUGACCUGAGCCAGCAAUCCCGUAUCUUGCGCCACUUUUCUAUUAUGGACUACAGCGAUGAAAGUGAUAUCAUGCGAGGCACCUCACAUUCACCAGUGUCCCAUCUUUUACAGUCGAACUCUGCCUCGUCCUCACUAGAGAGGCGUAGGACCCUUCGCCCUCCACCUCCCCGUCCUAGAGUCCUUCGUCCCCCAGCCCCACCUGCAUACAGACCAGCCCGCCCUGCUCCACGUCCCCCUCCUCGUUGCCCAGGACAAAAUACUGCUCCUCCAAAUAUCUUCUACGCCCCUGAGGAUCCAGCGACAAACCUGCUGGACCAAAUAGCAGAAGGGCAGGCUGAGUUCGGUGACCUUGCAGCCGCCCAGGAAGAAGAAAUCCAGUGCCAGCUGGAAGCCGAGAACGAGCUGGAGAGAGAGAUGGAGUUGGAGAGUCAGAGACAGAGGGAAGAGGAGGAGAAGUACCAGCUGCUGCUACGGCUUCAAGAGGUGGAGCACGACAUGGAGGCGUAUGCACACACAGCGGAAGAACUCAGGACCAUGUUGGAGGAAGAGGAGGAUGAGACAGCCCGCAUGCAAGCCAUGGAGAAUCUGGAGUUCUGCAACUACACGCUGGAGACACUGGCCCUGGAGCAGCAACAGCUACAAGAGAUGACCCUCCUGUCGUCCCAACCGAAACCCCUGGACUCCACCCAAAGCUCUGACUCCACCCCCGCAGCCGGCACAGGCACAGAGGACCCGGAGCUGAGGAUGCUGGAGAAGAGGUCAAAGGUCAUCGAGGAGCUGCUCCAGACGGAGAAGGACUACAUCAAAGACCUGCAGAUGUGUGUCGAGGAGAUCGUCGAGCCCCUGCAGAAGAAGCAGGUGAAGAAUGUGGACUUUGAUGGGCUCUUUGGCAACAUCGGCUCCGUGAUCGACCUGUCGCAGCGCCUGCUCGAAACACUGCAGGACACGGACUCUAUUGGAAACGUAUUUCUGGGCUUCAAAGCUGAGCUGGAGGACGUGUACAAAAUCUACUGCCAGAACCACGAUGAUGCCAUCUCUCUGCUCGAGAGCUACGAGAAAGAAGAAAACAUCCAGCGUCACGUGUUGGAGUGUCUGGAGAGACUCAGGGCCAUAUAUCGCGAGUGGGGGAAAACAAAUUACAUCAACCUCGGCUCUUUCCUAAUCAAGCCGGUGCAGCGGGUGAUGCGCUACCCGCUGCUGCUGAUGGAGCUGCUGGGGGCCACACCAGAGAGCCACCACGACCGGCCCCAGCUGACUCAGGCUCUGCAGGCCAUCAAAGAGAUCAACGUGAACAUCAACGAGUACAAGCGCAGGAAGGACCUUGUGGUGAAGUACAGGAAAGGAGACGAGGACACGUUCAUCGACAAGAUCUCCAAGCUGAGCAUGCACUCCAUUAUCAAGAAAUCCAACCGAGUCAGCAGCCACCUCAAACACCUCACAGGGAUAUCCCCCCAGAUUAAAGAUGAAGCGUUUGAUGAGGCCGAGAAGAAGUUCAGGCUGCAGGAAAGACUCAUCAAGUCUUUCAUCAGGGACAUUUCCUUGUACCUGCAACAUAUAAGGGAAUCGGCAUCUGUAAAGGUCUUGGCAGCCAUCAGCUUCUGUGACAUCUACACAGAGCGCAGUGUUCUCGACCCGGAGCGCUUCCAGAGGGCUCACCGCUGCAUCAGCGACAAACAGUUCACACAGUUUAAGGAGCGCACAGAGGCCUUAGUCAUCAACCCGCUCACCCAGCUCCUCCUCAUGUUCGCCGGUCCGCACAAACUCAUCCAGAAGCGAUUCGACAAGCUGCUGGACUACGACAACUGCAAGGAGCGCGCCGACCGCCUCAAGGACCGCCGUGUCCAGGAUGAGCUGCAGGCGGCGCGCAACAACUACGAAGCGCUCAACGCCCAACUUCUGGACGAGCUCCCCAAGUUCCACGGGGCAGCGGAGAACCUGUUUACUGGCUGUGUGAGGGCUUUCGCUCAAUCCCAAAAGGACUUCAUGAAGACGACACUGGGAGAACUGAAGCCCCUCCUUCAGGCUUUUUCUAACAAAGCUGGCACGGAGGGAAACCUGAUCUCUAAGUUCCAAGACGAGUACGGUCGAGUUCUCCAACUUCUGCAGAGCUUUAGCUUCUGCCCCGAGAACCUUCCUCCAGCCACCUCCACAAAAAAGACCUUCGAGAAGAAGACCAUGGAGAGGCAGAUCUCUCGGAAGCAACUGCAGGGACCUCCCAACCACAUCAUGCAGACAGAUGAGCACCGUGCAGGACUUCUGGUACGUUAUGGUCCUGAGAAGCUUUUCCAGGCAGAGAGAAACGUCAACGCAGCCCAGGAUCUGGACGUCUCUAUACUAGAGGGAGACCUCGUGGGUGUAAUUAAGCAGCAGGACCCCAUGGGUAGCAAUAACCGCUGGCUAAUUGAUACUGGAGUCGGCAAGGGUUUUGUGUACAGCUCCUUCCUCAAACCCUACAACCCGCGCAGGAGCCAGUCGGACGUGUCCAUCGAGAGCCAGUCGUCUAAUGAGUCGGGCUACGGCGGCUCCUCCCCCGUUUUCUCCCGGCAAAACAGCAACAGCACGCUGACCUUUAACCAGGAAACGGCCACAGUCAGCUUUUCCACAUCGCAGCCCCCAAGCCAUUCGUCGCCGCACCCUUCGCUGGACUCCGCUUCGUCUCGUAGGAGUCACCCCAGAGAUGCGCCCGGCCUCGACCCCGCCAGUCAGAGCAACUCCAUAAACUCCUCCCCGAGAAAUCCCUCGAAGCGCAGGGACACCGAACCUUCUCACCGACAUUCAGGCAAUCACAGAGACGCGUACGACGCAGGUCCGAGCAGGGAGACGCCAGACCUCUCGGAGACGGACUCUUAUUCUUCACUCAGAAACAAUCGCUCACAGCGGUAUGGACACACAGACAAAACCUACAGUUCAUACCAGUGGAGAAAUGGAGAUAAUGGUGGGCAGAAGAGGACCGCUCCCUCCAUAGAUGAGUACUUAGAGCCGGAACCAGAACCAGAAGCAGAAGCAGAAGCAGAAGAGGAGAGUGAAUUAGAUGGUCAUCAGAUUUACUAUGCUCUCUACUCCUUCGAUGCCCGUUGUGCCAAUGAACUGAGCAUCUCAGCCAAUCAGAGGCUGCGGAUACUGGAGUUCGAGGACCUGAACGGCAACAGUGAAUGGUGGCUGGGGGAGGCCGAAGGCCGGCGAGGCUACGUGCCUUCCAACUACAUCCGCAAAUCAGAAUAUACCUGAACAAAAAGUUUCAUCCUGAAGACUGUACUUCCACCUGAUGAAGGCUCACCCUGCGAGCAGACAGAACAAAAAGACAAACAAUCAUCUGGACACGCGGUGACUUACUUUUGUGUUUUCAUGGAGUUUAAUAGUGAGAAGGACUUAUUAUUGCUGCUGACUCUGCUCCUUAAAGUUAGCAUUAUAUGCCUAUAUUUAUAGACUUUUUUUAUAUUAUUUUUACUUACUGGAAACUGCACCCUACUCCCUCUUGUUUCCAGUGAAAAACCUGUGAAUUGCACCAGAUCCUUUUGCCAUAUUCUUUGUGGCUGAAGACAAUGAAUUGUAUGUUUAGAGAACAGUCUUAAAGGUUAACGCAUUGGGAGAUUGCAAUGGAAAUGUGAAUGUUUUGGGUUCAGGCUGGUUUUAAAAAGAAACAUCAAGUGUUAUGCAGACGGACUGACCUAAACACUGUGUUAAUGACUUUUUUUCUGCAUGUGGUUUAUUACACCAAUAGAAUGAUGAAUGAAUAUUACAUCUAGACCAUACUGUUCAACAAUCAAAAGGUUUGAGGCACUUAUGUUGGUUAUUAACUGGUUGCAAGUUUUGAAGUGUCUGUGGAGCCAUCGACAAGAGUUUGGAGUGUAAUCUGGACUAUUUGAGUUCAAUCAAAGGACAAUGUUGAAUGGCAUAUACUACACGGUUUACAAGCACUCCCCUUGUCCAUAACCUGAAAACACUUUGACACUGUGCAAACAGGCGAUGACCCCUUUUACCUGUAAAUGGAAGUUAAUGAACAGGGUAAGAGAGAGACUGUGGUCCCAACUUAACUCUGUGUACAUUAUAUAUGAUGUAUAUUGAGAAUAUGCUAUUGCACCCACUGUAAAGUGAUCACUGUUUGAAUAAAAAAAUCACGACGUCUGGAA